AUGUUGCGCGCAAAGCUUAAGAUCCAUCUGUCCGAGUUCUCCAUGUCUUCGUUGACCGGCGAUGAUGGGUUCCGCAUUCUCCUGCCGACAUUCCAAGGCAUUCUCAUGGAAAUCUCUAGCGAUGAACCUUCGACGAACCGAUGCCAUAGUGUUAAAAUCGAAGAAGGAGUAGCCGAAGGAGUAGCCGAAGGAGUAGCCGAAGGAGUAGCCGAAGGAGUAGCCGAAGGAGUAGCCGAAGGAGUAGCCGAAGGAGUAGUCGAAGGAGUAGCCGAAGGAGUAGCCGAAGGAGUAGCCGAAGGAGUAGCCGAAGGAGUAGCCGAAGGAGUAGCCGAAGGAGUAGCCGAAGGAGUAGCCGAAGGAGUAGCCGAAGGAGUAGCCGAAGGAGUAGCCGAAGGAGUAGCCGAAGGAGUAGCCGAAGGAGUAGCCGAAGGAGUAGCCGAAGGAGUAGCCGAAGGAGUAGCCGAAGGAGUAGCCGAAGGAGUAGCCGAAGGAGUAGCCGAAGGAGUAGCCGAAGGAGUAGCCGAAGGAGUAGCCGAAGGAGUAGCCGAAGGAGUAGCCGAAGGAGUAGCCAAAGGAGUAGCCGAAGGAGUAGCUGAAGGAGUCCCAUCAAACAAUAUCAACUGA